AUGUUUAUUUAUUUAUAAUUAAUUUUCACUCUAACUAGAACUUUAAUCGUUUAGAAUGAUGUGACUUCCUUCUAUUAAGAUUUGAUCCAAUAGAAAAUAUCAUUUUUAUGUGAAUCUGGAUCUUUGGCGUUUGUUAAUGGAUUUUACACUUAUUAGAUAUUUCUGAAAGAAAAUCAUUAGGAUUAUACAAAAUUUACAGACGACGAUCAGUUAUGGGUAAUGUUAACCAAUAAUGGUUGCUCAUCUAUUUUGCAUGCAUAUUAUAAAUAUGGCCCAUUCACUUUUUCAAAUGGACAACUUGACUUACAUCCUAACUCUUAUAAUAAAUUAGUAAAUUUAUUGUACAUUGAUUAACCCUUUGGAGUAGGAUUUUCUGAGGGAAGUGGAGAAUAGAACAACCAUGCUAUAUAUAUUUUGGAGUUCAUUCAAGAAUUUUUAAUGAAUAAAGGAAUAGCUGAUAUGAAAAUAAUGUUUUACGGAAAAGAAUAUGUGUCAUCAUUAUUUCCACAAAUUAUUGAAAAUUCUUAAGGUUAUAAUCUAAAAAUUGAAGGUUUCAUUCUUGAAAAUGCAUGGGUAAGUCCAAUUCAUUAGAUUGGAUAUUAUGGAUCCUUUUUGUAUCAAUUAGGCCUGAUAGAUGAUCAAAGAAGAGACGAAAUCUAUUAUAAUACAACGGAAAUUUAAGUGUAAUUAUUGAAUUAGAAUUUUACAAAUAUCACUUAACUGAAAUUAUUAGUAAAUCAAAGUCAAAGUGAACUAAAAUUAAUAAAGAAAAAAACAUAAAACAAUAUAAAGGAUAUUAUUUAAUUUAUAAAUAAUCAUUCAUUUGAAUUAUAUUAAAUUUAAAUAGGAGACGAAUUUAAGUUAUGUAAUGAGAUUUAGCAUGAAAAGGCUUAAUAAUUACUACUACAUUCCACCUUAAAUGAAAUAGAAAUGAUAUUAAAUAAAUAAAAAUAAGUUAUUGUUUUAGUAAGACAAAUAUAAUUUACAGUUACAACUCCCGGUGUUGUUACUUGGGUAAAUUAAUUGCGAUGGUAGCAUAUAAUGAAAUGGAGAAUGAGUGAGAAAAAGAUAGUUUAGGAAGAAAAUUAUGAUAAAGUAUAGAAUAUUACAAAAAAUAAAACAGUUGGGUAUAUCAAGUAAUUUGAUAAAUUAAAAUAUAUUGUCGCUUACGAUGAGUUAUUCAAAUUAUUGAAAUAAAUUAUUAUUGAUAAUUGA